AUGUCGGCGACGCCGUACCGAGGCGACGAUGUCCGUGAGGACGAGAGAGGGCGGGAACGCGCUUGAGUGCGAGUCGCGCCUGAAGGACUGAGCACGUUUGUUGCGUUUCGGUUACGCGGAGUGUGGGCAAAAAUGCGCCUCUCCCUUCCCGCGCUCAUCUCCCACGGCCGCGUGGCGCGGCGGAUGGGUCUCGGUCCCCUUUCCCGGAUCAACAUGCUGCGAAACCUCCUCACCGGUCUCGUGCGGCACGAGCGCAUCGAGACGACGCGGGCGCGCGCCGACGAGGUGCAGUUCUACGCCGAAAAGCUGAUUGAUUAUGCCAAAAGAGGGGACACUGAUGAGAAAGCAAUGAAAAUGGCCAGUUUCUGGAUGACGGAGAAAGAUUUGGUCCCAAAGCUCUUCAAAGUCUUGGCACCAAGAUUCAAGGACUAUGACAAGAAGUACACACGCAUGGCUCGCAUUCCCAACCGUGAGAACCUGGACCGGGCAGCCAUGGCUGUGCUGGAGUACAAAGGGAACCCGUACCCACCGCUGGUCACUGUGAAGCGAGACAGUGAGAACACGCUGCUCAACCAGCUCCUCAAGGGCUACCGGGAUGAGAAAGCCCAGGAGGCAAUUGAGAAGACCAAGUGAGGAGAGUCCGUAACGUUUGCCACCAACGGACGCACGAACUGUGUGUCUGCGUUCCUGAAUCACACUGCUGUUGCAUUGCCCUCUCACCCUGUACAGUGUUGUUCAAGGAAUAACUUAUCUCUAUAGUAUAUGAAAUAAAGAAUUUUUGUAGCGCAAGUGGGUGGUGUGCUGAAAGCGCAAGAACUUCAUUGUAAUUCUUCUUACGGAAGUUAAUAUUUUUCCCAUUGGAAGCUGGUUGUGAGACCGGAGAGUCCCAUCGUGCCAAAAGCUUCUGUCACUAUCAGCAGCAGGUUUAAACCACACUUCUGGUACCAUCCUGGACCUGGGACGAGUUAUUUUGUAAACUGCUAUAAUUUAUAGAAGCCAGUAUCUGCUUUUUUAUAUGUCCACCCAAAGAGAGUCGUACAUUAUGAACCUUUCAACCGAAAUUAUUUGUUUGAUAACUACAUUUUACAUACAUAUUUCUGUGUGUUUGACUGUCUGCUCUUGAAAUUACUGAGCAGUGUUGGUAUCCUCUUCCAUAUCGUGCAGUGUUUUUGAAAAGACCAGCGGCCACUCUCAUCGUUCAGUACCGAAUUAUUUUUUUUUUAUCGUCGUUCCUUUCAUUUAAAUUUGUGACACUGUCAGUUUAUGCCAGAAAAUGGCAUGAAACAAGAUAGUCAUAUUUUCCUACCAAAAUGAGAAGCUUUACUCUUUUAAGAAUACACUUGGUCUUCUACUCGCAAAAUUAAUUGGGACUAAAAGUUAAUUGCUUAAAUUCCGUAAAUCAGAUGUUACGGAGCCAGGCCGGUGGCUCCUCAUCAGUUCUGUGUGGAGCUACUGGUGUAAUGAGUGCUGGCAAAAAACCACGGUAUUGGACAAAGUGGCCCUACUAUGAGAAUUACGUGUCUCUGCCUUGAGUUGUACGUUGCUUUGGAGUAAAACAUCUGAAAAUGCAUAAAUGUAAAGGUUAGCAAUCUGGCUCAAAGUUAGUAGGUAUAGGAUCGUCUACAGCUUGUUCACCCGUGUCUCUUGUUCGCUUGAAAAUCUUAGGGCAGCACUUAACUAUUUUUGCUUGGGUGUCUAUCGGUACAUUGGAUGAUGCUUUGGUGCAGUUUGAUUCGGUAUUUUAGUUCUCUUAUGAAAUAUUUCUUAAAAUGUAUUUGCAAAAAGUCUGUGACCAACUGUAAUGACACCAAAUGAAAGAAAUUCAUCAUAUAAAGCUCUAAGCUGGGGCAAAAACUGCA